AUGGCAUCUCCAUUUAAUCAACCACUCAUUCAACAUCAACAAAGAAUGUCAAUUUCUCAUCUGUGUCAUCCAUCUAGCCACACCCCAAUUACUUUAGAUAGUUCACAUCCUCAUAGAUAUGUAGAAGCUAUUCCAAGGGAGCAUUUCGAUUUUCUCAAAUCUAGACCCUGUUCAGUAGUGCUCCCUUCUCCAUUCACUACCUCCAACAGUCCAUCAUGGUUGGGAAUGAAUAUAGAUCCAAACUAUGAACCCAAAAGCAAUCCGACCUCAGCCAAGCCAGGCUGUCUACAAGUGUCUCCACAACUAAAGGAAUGGUAUUUCCAGUCUCUUUGGUUAGCUCCAACAGAAUACACCAACUCGUUACCAAUGACUGACCACUCUCCAUCUGGUUUUACCAGGUUGCCUCUACCAUUGCAUCCUGGCUCUCUCUCUGAUCUUCCAGAUCCACCUCCAAGUAAAAUCAGACGAUAUCCUCCUGCUCCUUCUCCAUUAUUAUUGGAACUUGCAUCCUCAACUCCUCUCCUUUUCCCUCCUGCUCCAUCUCCAUUAUUAUUGGAGCCUGCAUCUUCGACACCACUCCUUUCCCCACCAAGUAAUGCCCGACGUUAUUCUCCUGCUCCCUCUCCGUUAUUGUUGGAACCCGCGUCUUUAACACCCCUCCUUUCCCCACCAAGUAGUAAUGUCCGACGUUUUCCUCCUGCUCCAUCUCCAUUAUUAUUGGAACCUACAUCUUCGACACCCCUCCUUUUCCCACCAAGUAAUGCCCGACGUUAUUCUCCUGCUCCUUCUCAGUUAUUUUUAGAGCCUGGGUUUUCAUCACCUAUUUUUUUGCCAACUGCUCCUGCACCACUUUUGUUGGAGCCAAUGUCUUUGGAUGUUGAUGAAAAGUCAAUGGCUACCCGAUCUCCAUCUCCCACAUCUCAACAGGACUGUCAAAUGAUACAGAUUAUAUUAGAGGAACCACGCAAAAUUGUGUUGAAUGAUUACAAUGUGAUUUGUACCACCAAUUACUAUUAA